ACGCAACUGAUAGGCUACAGCGCAAUAUAGUGUGUAGUAAAUUUACACGAAGAAGACAGACACUUUGAUAUAACAGUUUCUUUAUUCAAAGACCUAUAGAUAACACAGGUCUUUGCUUUAUUUAAAAGUGUGUGGUUUAAUUAGCAUACAGAAGACUGGUUUACUGGAACAAUACGAGAUUGUUAUAUUACAGAAUAUGGCAGAUCACGAGACAUCCAUUGAAAGUGACGGGUUGAUGAACAAUGGUGAGACAAAACAGUCAAAUGAAUCGAAACCAGAAGAUUCAAGGAAGGUGGAGCCUAAAUUGAGACGGUUUCUAGGCAGGCUGAAAAAUGACGAGGUAUACAGAAAGAAGAUUACAUAUACUGCGGUGUUGUGCUGGUCCUUUGUUGGCUUGGGUUGGCUCGUUGGCUUGAAUGGGCCCACUUUUCCAGACCUGAUGCAGAUUAUUGGUGAGGACCUCGCAAGUUCGUCGUGGAUGUUCACUACAGGAAGCUUAGGCUACAUGACCGGCUCCAUAAUCGGUGGUGUUAUUUAUGACCGUUUCGACAAGCUGCUGUUGCUGACGGCAUCGACGUUUGCCUUGGCUCUGAGCUCUGCGUUUGUGCCCUAUUGUUCCAGUCUUGUUGCCAUGUUGCUUAUUAAAUGCAUUGGAGGAUUUGCAUGUGGAACUCUCGAUACAGGGGCUAACGCCCACAUGAUAUAUAUUUGGGGCUCAGAACAUGGACCGUUCCUUCAGGCCUUGCACUUUGGGUUUUCUUUCGGAGCCCUUAUUUCACCUCUCGCAACAGAGCCUUUUUUGGCAAAGAAGAUCGUGCACUGUGUAACAGGAAUUGGAUUUGUGGGCAACCAAUCAGAAUUAAGGACUGCUGGCCAACUGGAUGACAGCAGAAGAGGCGUUGAGGUUUUCAACGACUCAUUGUCAGCGCAGAAUACUACGACCGAAGUUAAUUUUACUUCAUCAAAUAACUCUUGUUUUGACAAAUAUGAACCAUCUGAAGUUCAUCCCGCUUUUCUUAUUUCGGGUGCAUUUAUGUUCUCUGCUACCGUAGGACUUCUAUAUAUUUAUGUUCAAUGUCGUUCCUUUUUAAAAUCAGAGGAUGACACAAAACUAAAAACGAGUGAUGACACAAACACCAAUUCACACCCAAUGCCGCUGCGUCUAAAAGUAGUUUUUAUCAUUAUGCUUUGCGCAAUGCUGGCGUCAUAUUGUAUUGUCGAAGAUUGCUUUGCAACUUUUUUGAUGACUUUUUCGUUGAACCAACUCAACUGGGACAAGUCAACAGGCGCUUACAUCACUGCUGUAUUUUGGGUCUCCUUUGCUAUUGGUCGGUUCACAGGAAUAUUUAUUGUGUCUUGCUGUAAGAGCAAUGUUUUGCUUACCUCCUACCUUGGCGCACUCUUGAUCGGUUACUCGGGAUUUCUUGCAAGUUCAUUGUUGAUGUAUACACCUCUUAUUUGGCUGUUUACAGGAGUUCUAGGUUUCGCGAAGUCUGUCAUAUUUCCAGCCAUAUUCAGCUGGACCUCUUCAAAUGUAGUCAAGGUAACGGGUAAGAUAUCGUCAGUGUUUCUCGUAUCAUCAUCAACAGCUGGCAUGACAUUUCCAUUGCUAAUUGGACAUAUGAUGGAAUACAAAAGUCCGAUGUGGUUUGUCUAUAUUUUGAUAAUAAUGCUGAUCAUAUGCAUUUUUUCCUUCACCAUCAUUCGAGUACUUGUCAAAUGUUGUUUGAAGACUUCUAAAAUUUCUUUGAACGAGAACAUGAAAGCUGACACUGAACAGACAGAAAUGGUCCUUAUGUCAUAGCAAUUCAAAAUAUUUGCGACAUCUUAACAAAAUACAAAUACAAUACGGGCUAUCCUCAAAAAGGAAUACCAAAAUAAUGCUUCUAAUCAAGAUAAUUUAUAAACAUGUCUUCAAAAGCAGUGUCAGACAAGCACAUCUAAUUUUAGUUAUCUUCAAAAUGCUUCCAUUAAGUACUGCAAAGAUACGUACUUACUCUGAGAUGCAGAAACGAAAAGGGCAUACUUUAAGUCUGCCAUCAUUGGAACAAAUGGUCAUUUGGAAUCUUUAUUGUGUGUAAUACAUGUAUAUGCUUUUUGUUUAACUAAACAAAGUACAUUUUUAUGUAUGAAUUGAUUUUUACAUUCUAUAGUUAGAUAUAUAAUUUGUAACCUAUUUUAGUUAUUCAUUUUGUUGAUAUGCAUGUAUUUUUGCUCGUGUAUUAAUUAAAAAUAUGAGAAAAAAUAUUUGAUUAUAAAGACAUAAAUGUCGCUUAUUAAUAAUAAGUCAUGUUCCACACAUGUGUUGGUAAUAAAUCAUUGCACCUUU